CAACCGCCUUCGCAGUUGCAACGUCCAACCCCGCAGUACGGAGUUCCAGCUGUGCCAUCACGACAACAGCAAUCGGUUCUCCUUGUAGCAACAGUCAGCAUCCACCAGUCCACACGUCAUUUUCGCAAGAAUAGCGAAAACAACGGAGAGCUACUGCAACUCGACGGAAGUGCAACCGAGGAUGAACGAUUCGCGCACUAUUUGGAAAAAACCUUCAAGAAAACUGCAUGUCUAACAGCUCACAGUUGCCAAUCGGUUUCAGUGCUCGCUGGAGCUGAUACCGCCUUACAAAAUAUCGCGUUCCAGUUUGGCCGCCAGUUGGGAAUAGCAUUUCAACUAGUUGACGACGUACUCGAUUUAGCAACUGAUUUGCGCGUAGGGCUGGCUACCGCUCCAGUUUUGUUUGCUGCGUACCAAUUUCCUGAAUUGAAUCCACUGAUUCGACGGCGAUUCAACCAGCCUAAAGAUGUAGAAACAGCUUACCGCUUAGUUCAUCGUUCUGAUGGAUUGCAAAGAGCGAAGCAGCUGGCUAGCCAAUACUGUGAUGAUGCCGUGGCUCAGUUGGCUCGCUUGUCACCAUCGUCUUACCAACAAAUUUUGUAUUCUUUAAUACGUGAGCUACUUAAUGAAAUGGAAUAAGUAACUGGGAAAAAAUAGAUUCUGUCCAAUCGAGUGCGGAUUGGAGGGUAGCAAUGCGGGAUGUAGCUCGUUUAGGGGGAAUGGUACCCGAAGGGAAAACACCAGUUGACGCGUGUAGUGUAGGAUGACAAUUCAAUGGAAUGAUUAAGCGAUUUCUAAUCUAUUUGAAUUUCUGUACUGCUACAUCUAACCCUGUUACGCUUUGACAUUAUUAUGGUGUUAUAUAAAUUAUUUUGUGUAACAUUUGAAUACAUUAUUAAUUAUUUAA